GCGACAGUGAGAAGGGAAGGCCUGCGCCUGCUCAAGCGGGCGGAGCCUCGGGGGGGGGCGGAGCCGCCGCCAUCUUGGAGCGGGAGGCGGAGCGAAGCAGACAGGGAGGGAGCGACCGACCGGGGCCGCUGCCGCCGCCAUGAACCCUGAGUACGAUUACCUGUUUAAGCUGCUCUUGAUCGGUGACUCAGGCGUAGGGAAAUCCUGUCUGCUUCUCCGAUUUGCUGAUGACACGUACACCGAAAGCUACAUUAGCACCAUCGGGGUGGACUUCAAGAUCCGAACCAUUGAACUGGAUGGAAAAACCAUCAAGCUUCAGAUUUGGGACACAGCCGGUCAGGAGAGAUUCCGGACCAUCACAUCCAGCUAUUACCGAGGGGCCCACGGCAUCAUCGUGGUGUAUGAUGUCACUGACCAGGAAUCCUAUGCCAACGUCAAACAGUGGUUGGAGGAGAUUAACAGAUAUGCCAGCGAGAAUGUCAACAAGUUGCUGGUGGGCAACAAAAGUGACCUCACCACCAAGAAGGUAGUGGACAACCCCACUGCCAAGGAGUUUGCUGACUCUCUGGGCAUCCCCUUUCUGGAGACCAGUGCCAAGAAUGCCACAAACGUAGAGCAGGCAUUUAUGACCAUGGCUGCGGAGAUCAAGAAGCGGAUGGGGCCGGGGGCUGCCUCGGGGGGCGAGCGGCCCAACCUUAAGAUCGACAGCACCCCGGUGAAGCCGACCAGUGGAGGCUGCUGCUAGGGGGCUGAGCUUCGGGGCUGGGGGAGGCUGGGACGACACCUCUUCUUUUCAGAUGAUGCCCCUGAGGCAGGAGGCAGAGCCCCAAGCCUGCCUCUCCCCCCCCUCCCACCCACCACCACCAAGGGGCAUUUGAUUCUGUGGCUCGUGGGCAGUGAGGCCUGUCAUCCACUUUUCCCGACUUUCCCAAAGCUUCAGACGUGCUGCAGGCAGGGCUGGGGAGCUGGGGGGAGGGGGGCUGGCUCUUCUGCAGUGCUGCUUCCCAGGUCCUUGGAGAGCCCCUUUUCCCUUCCACCAGCCCUGGCCUCUCCCCAGCUUUCUUGGGGAGGAGGAACCUGCCUUGUUCCCAGCUCGCUCCCCUGCUUUCCCUUUGAGCUGCAGUGAGUCCUGGGUAACCUGUCUCCUUUUUCCCUUGAGCCCCUGCACCCCAGGAGCAGGGAGCCUCUUCCUCGUCUCUCAUUAUCAGAGAGAGCCGGACCCAGGGCCCAGACUGUGGGGGACGUGGGUCCUGGGGAAGAUGGGCCAGACCUCAGGAGGGCCCUAGGGAGCUUAACCAGCCUCAGGUCUCACCAUUUUCCCCUUCUUCCUGCAUUACCUUGGCCUCCCCUCCUGGCCUGGAGCUUUGAGCUCAAUCCGUCCAUAAUGGCUUGGGGUGAGGGGUGGGGGGGUGGCACGGCUUUGCACAAAGCCAGAACGGGCGGAUGGUAGCAAUUUUGCAUUUGCUCAGAGGGGGGCUCUUGUCAAUUUCCCUUAGCCCCUGGCAGACUUCCCACCUCUCCCUUCUUGGCCCCAGGAGGCUGUGGAGGUGGAAGGCCGCCCGUGCCUGGUUCAGGCUGGGAACAAAUCCCUAACCUGCUGGAGGGUGGCGGGUGGGCAGCCCUGGACGGGGGCGACUCCAGGACCUGCCUUCCCCCUUGACCACACUUACCCUCGGAGGCUUCCUUCCCGCCAUCCAGCUGGCUUACUCGCUCCUGGUUUUAUUCCUCUCACCCCAGGACAGAGUAAAUGUUAUUUCUUGCCUUGGUUCCAUUACUUGUGUGUUCUCCCCCCCCCCCCCAUAUGGUUCUUUCUUUGUCUUGCCCUUCAUUUCCCAAACAGCUUGAGUGCUUCCCAGAUGAAGUCCCGGCCCAAGUGCUGGCCAGGGAUAGGUAGUCUGCCCCUCGUGCCCCAAGACAUUGAGUCCCUGGGACACCUCCGAUCUAGGAAUCCAUUCACCCAGUUUUCCUUUCUUGUCCCCUGGUCCCCCGGUCAGUGUGACAUACUUGAACAUGCACAUAUACACAAAUGUGGUUUUGCUUGUAUUGAAGCUGCAGGUUGGGGACCCUCACAGGGCAUCCCUCCUUUGGAAAUGCCACCCCCACCCCCAUCCCCAUCCUUCCUUCCUAGUCACAUUUUGUUCAGCGUUUUGCAAGAAAAAGCCACUUGGGGAAAAGAGACAAGGACAAAAAUAAAUCCUCAAUAAAUCUCCAAUGGCCUGGGGAGAGCCCCCCCCCCCGGGGGGGUUUGCAAGGAA